UUCCUUUUUCCUACCAAUAAUACCAACCAACCCCUUAAUGGUAUGCAUGCAUUCAACACUUCAUCUCACUCUCAUCUUUUUUUUUUGUUGCUUCCUUCCUUUUUCUUCCCAUAUACUGUACAAAAAAUAUACCAAAGAAUCUUCCCUCUUCUUAUUUUUAUUCUUCCAUUCUUCAAUUAUUACAUCAUUUAUCAUUGUUAUUACUUAUUAUUAUAUACAUUUUCUUAAAAAUAAAAUAAAAUUAUUAUAUAGUACUACUAUCUCUUACUAUUAUUAUACUCCUCAAAAGCUCAAACACAACACAACAACAAAAACAAAAAACAUUAACACACACAAAAACACAUAGGAAGAGAUAGAAAAUGAGAGCGAUAAAUUCGCAUGUUGUCUUAAUAGAUCUUCACUGCACUUCAUGGCAACAAAACAAUAACAAAAAACAACACUACCUUAACAGCAACAAUUGUUUUUCCUCAUUCCAUCGUUCAUCAUCAUCAUCAUCAAGAAGAGUAGUACAUGCUAAAGCGAUUCAAUCUUCUUCAGCUUCUCCUCAAAUUCGACGACCCUCUGAUCGUUAUACUAUCAGAAAUGGAUCCUCACCGUCGAUUUCACAAACCGAAACCACCGUUGAGCUUGAUAUGUUUCUGGAACUUCUUCCUUUGGAGAUGAGGAUGGAAUUGUAUAAGCAUCAAGAAAUUGGAGGACUCAUUGAAGUUGUAAUGGAUUUGGGUAGAAAACCUCUUGCUAGAUUUCCUUCUGGUGAUUGGGUUAUUUCUCAAAGACCCAUUAACCAUACUGAUUUAGACCACGCAAUUUCUAAGGUUGGUGAGUUUUCGGAUGAUAACCGAUCUGGUAUUGAUAGCUCAUUGCAUCGUAUAAGUGCAAUUCGGAACCGUCAGAAGCAAAUCAUUGGCCUUACUUGUCGUGUUGGACGAGCGGUGAGUGGCAGUGCUGAAAUUAUACGUGAUAUGGCUGAGGAAGGGGGUUCUAUAUUGGUCAUUGGACCUCCUGGUGUGGGUAAAACUACCUUAAUCAGAGAGACUGCUAGGAUGCUGGCAGAUGAGUUUAUGAAGCGCGUAGUAAUAGUCGAUACGUCCAAUGAAAUUGGAGGUGAUGGAGAUGUUCCUCAUGCAGGCAUAGGCAGGGCAAGGAGGAUGCAAGUUCCAAAUGUGAAUAUGCAGCAUAGUGUUAUGAUUGAAGCAGUUGAAAAUCAUAUGCCUCAAACCAUUAUAAUUGAUGAAAUUGGAACGGAGCUUGAAGCAUUAGCAGCCAGUACCAUUGCUCAAAGAGGAGUUCAAUUGGUUGGAACCGCACAUGGAACCACCAUUGACAGCAUAAUGAAGAAUCCUUAUCUUCAGAUCCUUGUUGGUGGCAUAGAGAGUGUAACCCUUGGGGACGAAGAAGCCAAAAAAAGGAAAGUGCAGAAGACAAUUCUUGAAAGGAAAGGACCUCCUACAUUUUCGUGCGCUGUUGAGAUGAUAUCCAAAACUGAAUGCCGUGUUCAUCAUAGAUUAGAUGCAACUGUGGAUGCCAUUUUGGCAGGAAGACCUCCAGUAUUUGAAGUCCGUCAUUGGGACGAUUUUCCCAAUGAUUUGGAGAAGCAUGCUCCACUACCUGAAAUAAGUCAUGAAGAAGCAUCUGAUUUAUAUUUAGCUAACAAUAAUAUCACGAGUUCUGACAUAGAGCAUGACGAGGAUGAUACAUACUACUCUCCCACUCGAUCCGUGCAAUGGAGUAAUAGUGGAUCUGUGAUCAAGAGGAGUUCACCAAUGCAGGUGUACGCUUGCAAGAUUCUUGAAGAUGAUCUAGUACAAGUAGCAAAAGUGAUGGGGUUUGAAGAUUUAAUAGAAGUAACCGAUGAAAUUACAAUUGCUGAUGCAAUUCUUGCAUCAAGUUCUGAGUUACGACAGAAUCAAUGGAUCCGCUCUGUGGCGAAAUUCCACCAGUUACCUAUAUUUGUUCUCAAGUCCAAUACCAUGGCAAAAAUGGUAAAGGCAGUAAGAAUGAUCCUUGGGCUAGAACCCUUUGGCCCCACGAUAAAGAAGACAUCAAAUGGCUCUCCGGAUAUUGAAAUUGACGACGAUGAACCAAAGCGUAAACCAUCUCUGGAAGAGAUUGAUGCCUUGGAGGAGGUCCGGCUAGCAAUAGAGUACAUAGUGAUUCCCGGUGGAGAGGCUGUGGAACUUCUUCCAAGACGUUCGGAAAUUAUUGACAGGCAGCUUGAACUUGUGCAAAGCUAUCAAUUGGCUGCUCAAAAGUCAGGUACAGAUCAAAACACCAGGUUGCAGAUUCUUCCCUUGAAGUUAAGCACUAAAAAAGCCUCCAACUCUAGUUCUGUUCGCCGCAAGAAAAGAAGUUCUACCUCAGAAAAGUCUGUUGGUGGCGGCGGCUCUGUUGGUAGCGGUGGCAGAGGCAAGGGUACCUCUGUCACUAGGCUUCCUAUUUUACCAGAAUGAUUUGAAAAUUUCUCCCUUUCUAACAUAUUUCCCUUCAUUGAUUUGUACAUGUAUGUAUCAUGUAAUUGUCAAAAAAAAAAAAUGUAUGUAUCAUGUAUGGAUGUAAAUUGUAAUAACAUGUACAGUCAUUCAAGUGGUGUAAAACUGUAAAUAAUUUAUUUACAGUAUAUUUUUAACCACAGAAAAUACAAUGAUUUCACUCCUGAAAUGUAGUUCCAUCUUAAUAAAUAUAUACCGUUAAUACUAGAAA